UUCCGGUAUAGUGAAAUAAAACUACCUGCACAGAUAACAUGCACCGGUGAAUCGGCUCACGAAAUGACAAGAAAAUUUCAAAAAUCAUUUUUCACAUUUGAAUAGGUUCUAAGAAUUUGCAGAUUCUCUGAAUUAAAAUUGUCGUUUUUGAGUCCGUGCAGACCACAGAAUAAUUGUGCGCGUGGGUGCCAGUAAAUUGUUACCGCGAGUCAUCAUCAACUUCAGGUUUUCAUCUGUGCUUAUGAUUAACGGUUUAUCUUGUCCACUCGGCAAUACGAAAAAUAAUUGAAAAUUCGAAUAGUUUUUGAAUUUGAAAAUUAUUUCGAACGUUUCUUUAGCCUCGAAGCCGUGAACUACAUUGGAGCGCAGAGCUGGGAUGAAAUCAGAUUCCCGAUGGGAUGAAAAAGGCUUUGAGAGACGAGUAAUUUGUACAAAACGUCGAGCUUGACCCGUGGAUAGUGAAGGGAAAUGAUUUUCAUAACUUUUGUGUUUGUGGUCACGACAUCGGUCCCCCGCAAUAAGCUCCGGGUUGUGCUUUGCACUGAUUUGGCUUCUUCUUCGAAGCGUCAAAUCCACGUGCAAAUGGAAAGCAGUAGAUACAGGAAAAUACGAGCUUUGUCUUCCAAGCGAAUCCUAUAGUGCAGCGGUAAUAACAUGACAUCGUGCACAUGUACUUCGAUCAGUUCGCAUUAUAUAGCUACGCGAUAAUUGAUAGCGAUGUAUUAAUUAUAAUGGUAUAGCUGUUGUAAAAGCAAUGUCCGUCUGUUUCUGCCGUUGGUCGUCGGCGAUUUAAUUUUAAGUUUAGUCUCCAAGUCUCGGAGUAUAUUUAGGCGUCCUCGCGCACGCGUAAUCCUAUUAUCCACUGAACUUGUUGGAUUCCUGCAAAUACUGCACUGACUUCUAUUCUUCCCGCGUGUUGUAGUUAUAAGCGAGGUGCAUAUAAGUGAACACCGGGAAUAGUGAAAGUUUAUUGGGCGAGGUCGCGUGUUUUCUUAUCAUUUUUGUUUGUUUUUUUUUUUUUCUUCGUUCGUUAUGUUUGAUUUUUUAGAUACGAACUGAGACAAUUUUCGAUCGUGAAGUUCGUAUUUUUUUAUCGUCGUUCAUCGAGUUUCAUUCCGAAACCGUGCAAGAGAAUACUUUUUAUUGAACAGAAAUGGAUUUGGGAGGUGUCGAUGUAUGGGGGCAAAUCGCCCUGGAAACAUCCCAGAUGUAUGUUUCCGAAGGAGGCGUGAUCAAAAGUCGGUUUGCCAGCACUACCAUCGAAAAACUACCGGAUAAGGUAAUUCUCAACAUCUUCUGCUACUUGUCUCAUAGAGAGAUUUGCAGGGUGGCAAGAGUUUGUAAAAGAUGGCGUCAAAUAGCUUACGACACAAGACUCUGGAAACAUGUCUCCCUGAGACCGGAGGUCAGCGGACUACAUGUUGGAUCUUUAGAAAGUCUUCUGAACUUGAUUAGCGUACGAUUCGGACCAUCCCUGAGAUACAUAGAGCUUCCAAUCGAGCUGAUUACUCACACAGUGCUGCACGAAUUGGCCAACAAAUGUCCGAAUUUAACGCACAUGCUACUCGAUUUUUCGACGGCCAUGCAACUUCACGACUUUUCCGAGAUGCAAGCUUUUCCGACCAAGUUGAAAUACAUGUGCAUAUGCCUCUCCGAGGUCAUAUUCAUGGAAGGUUUCAUGAGGAAAAUUUAUAACUUCAUCAACGGAUUGGAAAUUCUUCAUUUGAUAGGGACGUACGAAAAGGUGGAAGAAGAAGAAGAGGAGAUAUACGAAGUAAUAAAUGUACACAAAUUAAAAUCAGCCACACCAAAUCUGAGAGUGAUAAAUUUGUACGGUAUCAACUUUGUCGACGACUCUCACAUAGACGCGUUUUCGUCAAAUUGCAUCCAACUCGAAUGUCUGGCGGUAAAUUUCUGCUCGAAAGUAACCGGAUCCACCAUGAAGACCCUUUUCCAGAGGAGCAGAAGGUUGACUUGUCUUCUCAUGCAAGGAACUAACUUGCAAAGUGAGUACGUGAUGCAGGUGGAAUGGGAAAAGUCGAGUAUUCAAGAACUCGACGUAACGGCGACCGAUUUAACAACAGAGUGUUUAAUCGACAUGCUAACUCGAAUACCUGGACUCAGAUUCCUCAGUGCUGGACAAUUGAACGGUUUUAAUGACAGCGUAUUAAAAGCAUGGACGGAGGCUGGGAAUCCGCGAAAUUUAAUAGCGUUGAAUCUCGAUAGUUCUGACAAUCUUACCGACGAUGGUUUACACAAAUUUUUGUCUCGACACGGUCAUCAACUAUGGGGUGUUGCACUCUCCGGAAUGCCUCACAUCACUGAUCAGCUAUGGCAAAGCAUUCUACCAAUUUUGACAAACACAAAAAUCGUCGUGAUGGGUACGCAAGAACGAUUGGGGGUCAACAUUCACGUGGAUCAGUUGAUGGACGGAAUAGCAAAUAACUGUCCAAAUCUUGAACGCCUGGAAUUGAGAUGGGAUCCAGAAAAUCUACGAUUUUCCGAUAAAAGUCAAAAGGCGAUUGACAUUUUACGCGUAAAAUGCAUAAAGCUCAGAUGCUUGGUACUGAGUGAUGGCAGGUACUACGAAAUUGUUAAGGCAAACUUUGAACGUGCCGAUAGAACGACCGUUGUUCGAACAACCACCUGCUCCAGAGUAACGAACUAUUACUUGUUGCAUAACUACAAGGAUCUGAUAUUCAAUUGAAAUGGUUAUAAGAACAGACAUCGUUAAUUAAGUUACUCCCUACUAUACAUAUAUUGACCAUUGUGCCUCGUAAGAAUUUAAGUGCCAAAUUAAGCAAAUCCAAACAAAGAUAUUUAUUUAUUUAUUUAUUUAUCAUGUGAAUUAUUCUUAGGGUAAGGUGAAAUAUUGAAUUUACGAACGAUUACGGUCUGUUACGUGAAUGUCUCUGAAUUAUUGAUUAAAAAAAAAUAUUAUUUUUCAAAGUA